CGCGGAGAGCUUCGGGCUCGGCUCCAGAGGCGCUCCCCCAGUGGAACCCCACUGUGGGUGGGAUGAGGUGGAGUGUGUUCUUGUUUCAUCCUGCUGGAGGAAAAACGUCCUGCCGUGCUUUGCCUUUCCUUCCUUCCCCUUCCUUCCUCCGAUCCCCUUCCCCUUGUUCUCCUCCCCUGCCGUCCCCCGCGGGCCGGGCCGGGCCGGGCCGGGCGGGGCCAGGCGGAGCCUUUCUCCCCCGGCGGGAGUCUUCCUCUCCCGGCGGGAUCUGCCGCUGCCCGCGCUUCUCGCAGAGCUGGAGCAGGAGCCGCCCUCCGAGGGGGUGCCGGAGCCUGGCAGCGCCGCAGGAUGGACCUCCCUCACCUCACGAGUCCUACCGACCUCCCCAAGCACAUCCUGGAUAUCUGGGUCAUCGUGUUGAUCAUCCUGGCCACCAUCCUCAUCAUGACAGCGCUGCUGCUGUGCCCGGCCACCGCCGUCAUCAUCUACCGAGUGCGGACGCACCCCACGCGCAACGGCAUCGUGUGAGCCUGGGCACGGGCACGGCCAGCUCGCUGUGCUGGGGCUGCAGCCAUGGCACCCUGUGCCACGCACCUUCACCAGGCACCCUGAGAGCUGCAGCCUGGGCAGGAGCUGGGGUGGGCCAGCACCCCGACCUGCUCCUCUGGCUGGGUACCCACUGCUCAUCUUGCCCACUGAGCCCACGGGGACUGAGGGGGAAAUGGCAGCGUGGGCAGCAGUGGGGAGAGCAGUGACUUUGUGGACACGUCCAGCUGGAAAUAUCUCACUCCAGGAGAGAGGCAGGCUGGUCUCACCUUCUCUGGUGACACUGUCUCCUCCCAGGCAAGCAGCAAGGAGUGGAAAUGCCUGACAAAGUUAUUUCUCAUUUGGAGUCACAGCUGUCAAGGUGGUUGGGGAAAAAAGAGUCAAAGCAAGAUGGAUGUGGCUUCUGAUUGUGCAUUUAGUGCUUGGCUAAAAGCAUCAGUGACAGAGCUUGUGCUGGCUGCACAGCAGACGUGCAGCUGGCACCAGCUUCUCCUCUACCCAUUGUCUGCAGAAAUGGUAGGAAAAUCCUGCAGGACUCUUGGUUCCUCUGGGUCUUGUGCGGCAGAGGAGUGUGUGCAGUUCCUGCCAGCCCUCCUGUCUGCCUGCUGGCUGCACUCCCCACUCCUGAUAGUGAGAGCUCCCACUGUUUGCCCAGCACACCAGCCCUGCUGGGGAGCCUGUGCAUGCCUCACCUUGGCAGGUAAAGUGGGAGGAGCAGGUUUGUGCCCAGCCAGUGGCAAGGGAUCAUGCAAGCUCUUGUAUUGCCCUUUGUUAUGAAAUAAAUGGACUUUAUCCUUCA